AUGAAAGUAAAGAGACGUUCUGCCAUAAAUUUUGAUGAUGACAGUCCAGGUCCAACGUUUGAUCUAAAUGGCGAACAGCGGAAGAGGUUCAAAGCCAUUCAAACGUUGGGGUCUUCAUACGAUGAUCCAGAAAAGCAUAAUGGAGAGAAAUAUAAACAAGAGGAAGAGCCCCCAAUGGAAGAUGAAGAGUUACAGCGUCUGAUACCCAGAGGGUAUAGCCUACUACGUAAGAUGGGCUAUACUCCAGAGAAGGAGCACACAUCGCAAUUCGAUAUAAAGCAGGUACCAAACGACUUCAAGGAAAUAGACAAGAAGUUAAAGCAAGAAGAGUAUAGGAGGUGGAUAAAUAAAACACACAGUCAAAAGGUAUUAGUUGAUAGGUGGCAUAAACUGCAGAAAAUUGCAUUCGAAAUGACUGGCGAUGUCGAGAUUUACAAGCCAGAUGCAGAUCCCAGAGAUUUUAAUGUCCUUUGGAGAGGAUACAUAAAAGUGUUAAAUGAGGCAUGCAGACAAUCUAAUAGGCGUAAAAGUGUUACUGCAAAUGGCAGCGACCGUGAUAAGCAGAGUAACGCGGCUGAUAAUACGACAAAAGGCCCCGAAGUGGCUGAGCACCAACAAAAGCCUUCUGCUUUGGAAAACAGAGCAACAUAUAAGGAAGAUCCUGAACUAGACAUUCUUGAUGAAAUGAGUACUGAACAAAAGAUAAUGAAACUGAACAUAUUUUUAAGGACAGAGCUAUACUACUGUUUCUAUUGCGGCGUCAAAUAUAAGGACGAAGCAGAUCUAUAUAAGCAUUGCCCAGGGUUGGGACCAGAAGAUCACGAAUGA